GCGUGGAGGAGGGGGAAGGAGAGUAGUGUGUGUUGUUUUCACCUUUUCUUCUAUUUUCUUUUCUCUCUCUCUCACUCCAAUCAAUUGAGGAGUAGUGUGUGUUCGUUUUCACCUUUUCUUCUAUUUUCUUUUCUAUCUCUCACUCCAAGCAAUUCUCUCUCUCUCUUCUCUCUCUCUCUCUCUCUCUCAAUAAUUAACAAUUAUAUUUGUAGCUUGAAAAAAUGAUCUUAGGAUGUGGGUUUUGUAGCCAAUAGCCGGACUGAGAGAGAGAGGGAGGGAGAAUCCAGCGGUAGUUACGCCUGUAGUUUGAGGCUCCCUGUGAGAGAGAGAGAGAGAGAGAGAGAGAUCCGACAGCAAGCAGAUUUUCCAACUUACACGGCUUCUCUAUUAAGCCCAUCCAUCAUGUCUCCCUGUCUCCAUCCUCAGCUUUUCCGCUCCACUCUGAUGUUUUCUACUACUUUCUCAGGGUUCUGAGUUUCACAACGAACAUACUACAAGUGGGAUUUUCCUUUUGCUGUUGCGCUGUGAAGAAUCCUGAUGGGUUCAAGAUUCCCAUCUCAUCAGCUCAGCAAUGGCCUUUAUGUAUCAGGAAGGCCAGAGCAGCCAAAAGAAAGGACUCCAACUAUGAGCUCAGUUGCCAUGCCCUAUACUGGAGGUGAUAUCAAAAAGUCAGGAGAACUUGGCAAAAUGUUUGAUAUCCCAAUGGAAGGCUCUAAGUCAAGAAAAUCUGGACCCAUAACUGGUCCUUCUUCAAGGACUGGAUCUUUUGCAGGUGCAUCCUCACAUUCAGGACCAAUCUCUAGUGCUGCCGCUAGGGCUGGCUAUUCCAUGUCUGAUACUGUAUCUUCUGCUGGUAUGUCCGGUUUUACUUCUGUAAAAAAGUCUAAUUCUGGACCACUGAAUAAGCAUGGGGAACCCAUAAAGAAGUCAUCCGGUCCUCAAUCUGGUGGAGUAACACCAGGUUCCCGCCAAAACUCAGGCCCUCAACCUCCAGUGCUACCUGCAACAGGUCUCAUUACAUCCGGUCCAAUUUCUUCUGGCCCACUGAAUUCCUCUGGGGCGACUAGGAAGGUUUCUGGUCCUCUAGACUCAAUGGGAUCAGUCAAAGUACAUGGUUCAUCUUAUGCAAACAACCAGGCUGUGACAACUCUUACCCAAGAUGAUGAUUAUUCAUUUAAGAGGAAUUUUCCAAAGCCAAUUCUCUGGGCAUUGAUUCUGCUAUUUGUGAUGGGGUUCAUUGCUGGUGGUUUCAUUCUUGCUGCAGUCCACAAUGCUAUUCUCCUUAUUGUUGUUGUAGUUUUAUUUGCUAUGGUUGCUGCAUUAUUCACUUGGAAUAGUUGUUGGGGUAGAAAGGCUAUUGUAGGUUUUGUUGCCCAAUACCCAGAUUCUGAGCUUAGAACAGCAAAGAACGGACAGUAUGUGAAGGUCUCUGGGGUGGUGACGUGUGGAAAUGUGCCUCUUGAGUCGUCUUUCCAAAAGGUUCCUAGAUGUGUCUAUACUUCUACAAGUUUAUAUGAGUAUCGAGGAUGGGACUCUAAGCCUGCUAACCCUACUCAUCGCCGUUUUACAUGGGGGCUGAGAUCAUCAGAAAGGCAUGUGGUUGACUUCUACAUCUCUGAUUUCCAGUCUGGGUUGAGAGCGUUAGUUAAGACUGGGUAUGGUGCGAGGGUGACCCCUUACGUGGACGAAUCUAUUGUUGUUGAUGUCAAUCCUUUGAAUAAUGAUUUAUCACCAGAAUUCAUGAGGUGGUUGGGAGAGAGGAAUCUUUCAAGUGAUGAUCGAGUAAUGAGAUUGAAAGAAGGGUACAUCAAAGAAGGGAGCACGGUUAGUGUGAUAGGAGUUGUUCAGAGGAAUGACAAUGUGCUUAUGAUCGUCCCUCCACCGGAGCCAUUGAACACAGGAUGCCAAUGGGCUCAGUGUAUCCUUCCAGCAAGUCUUGAGGGUAUCGUAUUGAGAUGUGAGGAUGUAUCAAAGAUCGAUGUCAUACCCGUGUAGACGACAGCACAGGGCUGCGCAAAAACUGGCUUGUUCGCUCUCUCCAAUGUAUAGAAUAGACAAAUGGUGGUUGUAACAACUGGUGUGGUGGCAAAACUGUUGUAUGUGGUUCAUGUUGUUUUGAGGAGUGGUGGUGGUGGUGGUGGUGGUAACAAUUGGUGUAUAGCUUUUAUAGGGGUUGGUUGUUCUCAAAGUCACAGAGACCUUGAAAGGUUUUGUAAUGGGGGGUUGUUUGGUUAGGGAUUUGUAGGAAUGGAAAAAUUAUAAUAGAGCAGGAGAUUUGUUUUAAUUGUUUAAAAUGGGAGGAGAUUAUAUGGAUAUGAUGUGUUACUGGGUGCGUGUUGUAACUCAAUACUUUUGUCCUGUAAUGUCACGUCCUUUUUGUGUGGUUA